AUAGCGAUAAUCCACAUUGAUGGGCGGAUAGGGAUGCCUAUUAAAUUGCAACGAAAAGAGAAGUUGCAACAUGAACAACUCAACAGUCUAACGUUAGCCGUCGGACGGAUCGAAAUUAAAUCGAAAGUUCCGAACAAAUUUUACCAAAUGGCAAAUAGUAGAUUUAAGAGUACUUGCUUGCUGCUGGCAAUUCUCGGACUGGUCACCUGUCCAGUCUGGGCUGAACCAACCGAUGAGCAGGAUAAUGCACAACAUCCACGUUUGCAAAUCUCACGUGAAUUUGUCGAAAUGGCCGAGGAGUUGGACACACGUUUCUGGCAUGAUAAGGCCCAAUCCAUACUGACCGAUAAGCUGGAGCACCACAAAAAAUUGAAUGAGAAUCGUGCCAAGAAUGUGAUACUCUUCUUGGGCGAUGGUAUGUCCGUGCACACGAUUGCCGCGACCCGUGCCUUCAUGGGUGAUAGCAAUAAACAGGUCUUCUUCGAGAAGUUCCCCUAUGUGGGUCUGUCCAAGACCUAUGCGGUGGAUGAGCGCACUCCAGACUCGGCCAGCACGGCGACGGCGUAUUUAAGUGGUGUCAAGGGCAACUAUGGCACUAUUGGCGUCAAUGCGAAAGUGCAACGUGGCGAUUGCCACGCGGCAACUGACAGCAGCACACACACGGAGAGCAUUGCCCAGUGGGCGCAGGAGGCGCGCAAAUGGACGGGUCUGGUGACAACGGCUCGGGUGACGCACGCCUCACCCGCUGGCGUUUACGCCCAUGUCGCCGAUCGUAAAUGGGAGCAUGAUGGCAAGGUAACCAAGGAUGGCUGCAGUGCCGAACUAAACAUCGACAUUGCGCGACAGCUGGUGGAGUCGCCAGUCGGCAAGAAUUUGCGUGUGGUGCUGGGUGGCGGACGUGCCAAUUUCCGUGACAAGAGCAUGGCCGAUGAGGAGGGAUAUGCGGGCAAGCGCACGGAUGGGCGCGAUUUGAUCAAGGACUGGCAGGAGGAUAAGCAGCAGCAGGGCGCUGAUGCACACUAUGUCUGGUCACGCAGUGGUCUCUACAAUGUGGAUCUCAGCAAGACGGAUUAUCUGUUGGGUCUAUUCGAUGCCAGCCAUUGUAGCUACCAUGCUGAGCGGGAACAUGAUGAACCCUCACUCUCCGAGAUGACAGAGGCGGCCAUCGAUGUGCUGAGUCGCAGUGAGAAUGGCUACUUCCUGUUCGUGGAGAGCAGUGGAAUUGACGGGGCACAUCACGCGACAAAAGCACGCAAGGCACUUGAGGAAACCGAGGAGUUUGCUCGCUCCAUUGAGCUGGCCCGCAGUAUGACCUCGGAAGAGGACACGCUCAUCGUUGUCACCUCGGAUCAUUCCCAUACAAUGACCAUCAACGGAUAUCCGUAUCGUCGCCAAGAUAUCCUCUCACUGGCUCCGAAUUUGGCCACCGAUGAGGUGCCCUUCACCAUACUCUCCUAUGCUAAUGGCCCGGGCUUUGUGAAUACCUAUGACGAUGGUGGCCGCAUGGAUCUGACGAAUGUGGAUACCACAGAUCCAAACUUUCAAUUCCAGGCCACAGUACCACUUGCGUCGGAGGCCCAUGGCGGCGAAGAUGUGGGCGUCUUUGCAUCCGGUCCGCACGAGCACUUCUUCUCCGGCAACUAUGAACAGACGACGAUUCCCGCUCUGAUGGCCUAUGCCGCCAAUAUUGGUCCCUUUGCCAAGAACGAACUGAGAAAGUCUUAGUUUGAAUAAAGUGAUCAUUGUGAUUAAUCUGCUCAUAGAA